UCGGGAUCUUGCCUCCCUGCUCCCUGGUUCCUAACGUUAGGCGCGGAGCCUGUCCUCUCCGCGUAGCCCCGGCGGGUGGGGUGUCAGAACGUGGGAGGCAGAACCGUGGAACCGGACCUCAAUCUUCAGCCUUGCUGAGCCUGGAGGCCGCCGGGAUGGAGGCACCGCUCCCGGCUGGAGCUCAGCCCCUAGCUGCUAUCGAGGGCUUGGAGAUGAAGGGUCCUCUCCGGGAGCCCUGUUCCCUGACCCUAGCCCAAAGGAACGGACAAUAUGAGUUAAUAAUCCAAUCACAGGACAAGGAACAGCACAUUCAAGACACUAUUCCUAUAAAUAGCCAUUUCAGAUGCGUUCAAGAAGCAGAAGAAACACUUUUAAUUGACAUUGCUUCAAACAGUGGCUGUAAAAUUCGGGUUCAAGGGGACCGGAUCAGAGAACGGCACUUUGAAAUUCCUGAUGAGGAGCACUGUUUGAAAUUCCUCUCCGAUGUCCUUGCUGCUCAAGAAGCACAGUCACAAAUUCUUGUUCCAGAGCAAAAGGAUUCCUCAAGCUGGUACCAGAAAUUAGACAAUAUGGACAGACCUUCUGAUUUGUCAGGACUUCUUGGAUUUGAAGAUGAUUUCUCAUCAAUGAAUUUGGACAAAAAAAUAAACCCACAAAAUCAGCCUGCAGUGACCCAUCGGGACCCUCCACCUCCACCCCUUUCAGUGACUAAAAUGCUUCCACGUGAAAAAGAGACUUCAAGCAAAGAACAACCCAAAGUGACAAACACUAUGCGGAAACUGUUUGUACCAAAUACUCAGUCUGGACAACGAGAGGGCCUCAUUAAGCACAUCCUGGCAAAGCGAGAAAAAGAAUAUGUGAACAUUCAGACCUUCAGAUUCUUUGUUGGAACUUGGAAUGUAAAUGGCCAGUCUCCAGAUAGCGGAUUAGAACCUUGGCUAAAUUGUGAUCCAAAUCCUCCUGAUAUCUACUGCAUCGGAUUCCAAGAACUAGACUUAAGCACAGAGGCCUUUUUCUACUUUGAAUCUGUGAAAGAACAAGAGUGGUCAAUGGCAGUAGAGAGGAGUUUGCCUUCUAAAGCCAAGUAUAAGAAAGUUCAACUAGUCCGCCUUGUUGGGAUGAUGCUUCUUAUUUUUGCCAAAAAAGAUCAGUGUCGAAAUAUCCGUGAUGUUGCUACAGAAACAGUUGGAACUGGGAUCAUGGGGAAAAUGGGAAACAAAGGUGGGGUAGCCGUGAGAUUUGUAUUCCACAACACCACUUUCUGCAUUGUUAACUCCCACCUGGCUGCCCACGUAGAAGACUUUGAAAGAAGAAAUCAAGAUUAUAAAGACAUCUGUGCAAGAAUGAGUUUUGUGGUCCCUAACCAGACCCUCCCACAACUGAACAUCAUGAAACAUGAUGUUGUCAUUUGGUUGGGAGAUUUGAACUAUAGACUUUGCAUGCCAGAUGCCAAUGAGGUGAAAACUCUGAUUCAUAAGAAUGACCUUCAAAGACUAUUGAAAUUUGACCAGCUAAAUAUUCAACGCACUCAGAAAAAAGCUUUUGUUGACUUCAACGAAGGUGAUAUCAAGUUUAUCCCCACUUAUAAGUAUGACUCUAAAACUGAUCGAUGGGACUCCAGUGGUAAGUGUCGAGUUCCAGCAUGGUGUGAUCGAAUUUUGUGGAGAGGGACAAAUAUUAAUCAGCUUCAUUACCGAAGUCACAUGGAAUUGAAAACUAGUGACCACAAGCCUGUCAGCGCUCUCUUCCAUAUUGGGGUGAAGGUUGUGGAUGAACGGAGGUAUCGGAAAGUCUUUGAAGAUAUUGUACGAAUCAUGGACAGAAUGGAAAAUGACUUCCUUCCUUCUUUAGAGCUCAGCAGAAGGGAGUUUGUGUUUGAGAAUGUGAAGUUUCGACAACUACAAAAGGAGAAGUUCCAGAUCAGCAACAAUGGACAGGUUCCCUGCCAUUUUUCUUUCAUCCCUAAACUUAAUGACUCCCAGUACUGCAAGCCAUGGCUUCGGGCAGAACCUUUUGAGGGCUACUUGGAGCCAAAUGAGACAGUGGACAUUUCUCUUGAUGUGUAUGUCAGCAAGGACUCUGUCACCAUCUUGAACUCAGGGGAAGAUAAGAUCGAAGAUAUUCUUGUACUUCAUCUGGAUCGAGGCAAAGAUUACUUCUUGACCAUCAGUGGAAAUUAUCUCCCAAGUUGUUUUGGCACAUCUUUAGAAGCUUUGUGCCGAAUGAAAAGACCAAUCCGAGAAGUUCCUGUCACCAAACUCAUAGACUUGGAAGAAGACAGCUUCCUAGAAAAGGAGAAAUCCCUUCUGCAAAUGGUUCCCUUGGAUGAAGGUACCAGUGAGAGACCCCUUCAGGUCCCCAAGGAGAUCUGGCUUCUAGUAGAUCACUUAUUCAAAUGUGCCUGUCAACAGGAGGACCUGUUCCAAACCCCUGGAAUGCAGGAAGAGUUACAGCAGAUCAUUGAUUGUCUAGAUACCAGCAUUCCUGAGGUAAUUCCUGGUAGCAAUCAUUCUGUAGCUGAAGCACUGCUCAUUUUCCUGGAAGCCCUGCCAGAGCCAGUCAUCUGCUAUGAGCUGUAUCAGCGAUGUCUUGAUUCUGCGCAUGAUCCGCGGAUUUGCAGACAGAUAAUUUCCCAGCUUCCAAGAUGUCAUAGAAAUGUUUUCCGUUACUUGAUGGCAUUCCUUCGGGAACUCUUAAAAUUCUCUGAAUACAACAACGUCAACGCCAAUAUGAUCGCUACUCUUUUCACUAGUCUUCUCCUAAGGCCUCCACCAAACCUCAUAUCAAGACAGACUACAAGUGACCGCCAGCGUGCCAUCCAGUUCCUUCUGGUGUUUCUGCUUGGGAGUGAUGAAGAUUAAGUCUUUUCCUGCCCAAGAGUCUAGAAGAAGAAGAUCUUGGGCUCCAAGUAUUUCGGAAUGGUUUGAAAAGUUAUACGAUAGGAAGGAUCUUUUGCAGAAUCUCAAGUUUGGUUAAUAGGAAGUUUCCUAAUCUCUCCUUUACCAUAUCCUACAGAGCAAAAUACUUCUAGACAUAUAUUGCCAAGCCAAAGUUAUCAUAUCAUAUUUUGAUGUCUCUGUUUUUUCUUUGUAAGGCAAAGAGGUCUGUAUUUGCAAUCCUUUACCCAGGGAUGUGUUUGUUGCCCUCCCACCCAAUUGUCAUGAUUGUUCUUGGUAUCCUAGGCCUAGAUUCUGAUGUGUUUCCAUCCUGGGCCUACAGGCACUACUUGCUAUAGCUCAGAUUUGUCUGUAGUCCUUUGUACAAUGCACUUUUGACCCACUUCUCUCCAUAUCACUCCUUUGCACUCCCCUCCACUUGUUCUAUCACCUCAAAGGAAGCUUGAGUAAGGCUAGUGACUAUUUCAGUGUUUUCAAUGGUUAGAUCACUGUCUACAUGUGGGCCAUUACAUAUAUUUGUGUAUUUGUACUACAGUGGUCUCUAUGUGUUGCUGUAACAUUGGGCUUUUUGUGGAUCCACCUGAGUGCAAUCAUAUUGUCUAGGACCACAUUUAGUAACAGAGAGAGCAUCCC